AUGUAAAUGUAGAAAUGUGUGUAUCCUAAGCAUUCCUAGAGCUCUGAUUUUAUCCCUGAGGAAGUCUGACUUGUGUGUGUUUUACCACUUUGAUGGCAUUAGGAUCGAUUAUGGAAGCAAAGGCUCAGAAUGUGAAUUGGUGCUUAUACUAUCAGGAAUGUGUGGUAUUUUCUAGGUGUGUGUUUGCUCUCUGCAAACGCACACCUGGUGGAUUGUUGUACACAGCAAGGCCUAACUGCCAUCCUGGGAGUCUUGGUUCCAUACAACUUAGCUUUGAUAGUCUGGGUGUCAAUGCUUACUCACUGGUCUUUAUAGGAAGGAAGACAUGUUAGUUGCCAUUUCUACUACAUACUAUGAGCAGGAGGGUAUAUGAUAACAUUAUUACAGUAUUAACAGAUUGAGAAGAGCAGGCUGUAGUUGUUUUAGAGCAGUGGUUCCAAACCAGGGGUACUAGGACACCUGGGGAUACUUGGCCUAUCCACAGGGGGUGCUUGAGCAUACUCCAGACACCAUAGGCCUACUGGUAAAAUGCACAUGAGGUGCUACUUCAGAGGUACUCUGGGCAGAGCAUAAUUCAGUUGGUGGUACAGUAACCAGAAAGGGUUGGGAAGCACUGUUUUAGUGUUCAGCCACGUGUAAAUAUGUUCGCUCUGUACCUUUAAGAGAAGCAAUAAGCAAACCACACUUUGCUGAAGUGAAAGUAAAGUGAAAGUAAAGUGAAGAGGCUUGUAUCAGGCACUGAAACCCUACUCCUCGUCAGAAGUCUUGCUACACAACUAUGUUGCGUUCUGUCUCUGAGCGCCUUAUUAAUCAACAUCAACACAGAUAUGACCACCUCCAGCAGUCUCCUGUCUGAAGAGCAGUUCCUGUGCUCUGUCUGUCUGGAUGUGUUCACUGAGCCAGUCUCUAUUCCAUGUGGACACAACUACUGCAAGGCCUGUAUCAGUGGAUACUGGGAUACCAGUGACAUGUGCCAGUGUCCAUUAUGUAAGGAGAUUUUCUACAGAGAACCUGCGCUUCGUGUCAACACAACGUUCAGAGAGAUUGUGGAGAAUUUUAAGGAGAUGAGAGUCAGAGGUAAAGAUGAGUCCCCUGCCAAGCCUGGAGACGUGUCCUGUGACUUCUGCACUGAGAUGAAGCUCAAGGCCCUGAAGUCCUGUCUGGUGUGUCAGACCUCUUACUGUGAGACUCACCUGGAGCCUCAUCAGAGAGUCCCAGCCUUAAAGAGACACAAGCUGAUCAACCCUGUGGAGAACCUGGAAGACAGGAUGUGUAAGAAGCACGACAGACCUCUAGAGCUGUUCUGUAGGAGUGACCAGACUUGUGUGUGUCAAUUCUGUACUGAGACAGACCACAAGACUCAUGACACUGUCCCUCUAGAGGAAGCGUAUGGAGAGAGGAAGGUUGAACUGGGGAAGACUGAGACAGAAGUGCAGCAGAUGAUCCAGGAGAGACUGAAGAAGGUUCAGGAGAUCAAACAUUCAGUAGAUCUGAGUCAGAAAGAUGCAGAGAGGGAGAUAUCAGACAGUGUACAGGUCUUCACUGCUCUGGUUCGCUCCAUUGAGAGAAGCCAGACUGAGCUCAUUGAGGUGAUUGAGGAGAAGCAGAAAGCAGCAGAGAGGCAGGCUGAAGGGCUCAUUAAAGACCUGGAGCAGGAAAUCACUGAGCUAAAGAGGAGAAGCACUGAGCUGGAGCAGCUCUCACACACUGAGGACCACCUCCACCUCCUACAGAGCUGUCCAUCCCUCUGCACCCCUCCACCCACCAAGGACUGGUCUAGAAUCAGUGUUCACAGUGAUAUGUGUGUGGGGACUGUGAGGAGAGCUGUGUCUCAAUUGGAGGAGACAAUUUUAAGUGAAGUGAAGAUGUUGUGUGAUGCUGAGUUGAAGAAGAUUCAGCAGUAUGCAGUAGAUGUGACUCUGGACCCUGAUACAGCACAUAAUGGUCUCAUCAUGUCUGAGGAUGGGAAAAGGGUGAAACAUGGAGAUCGAAAACAACAUCUCCCAGACUACCCAGAGAGGUUCAAUUAUUUUGUCUGUGUAUUGGGAAAGGAGGACUUGUCCUCAGGUAGAUUUUACUAUGAGGUGAUGGUUAAGGGAAAGACUAAGUGGGAUUUAGGAGUGGUCAGAGAGUCCAUCAACAGGAAGGGGGAUAUCUCAGUGAGCGCUGGGAAUGGAUGCUGGACUCUGUGCCUGAGGAAUGGAGAAUACAACGUUCGUGCUAAAGCCAGUGUCCUGCUUUCCCUGAGAGAGAAGCCCCAGAAGGUGGGGGUGUUUGUGGAUUAUGAGGAGGGUCAGGUCUCCUUUUAUGAUGUGGAGGCCAGGUCUCAUAUCUACUCUUUCACUGGCUGCACCUUCACUGAGAAACUAUAUCCAUUCUUCAAUCCAUGUCUUAAUGAUGGUGGUAAAAACUCUGCCCCUCUGAUCAUCUCUCCUGUCAAUGACGGACUGAGUUUAUCCUUAAAGCAUAGUUGAUGGGCAUUCUUUGGAGACUGCAGUGUCAUAUGAAUGUCACAAAUGGUUGUCUAUGUCCUUAUACUCCUUAAUGAUAUCUAGUCUCUCUCAUUGUUAUGAAAAAUCAAAGCAGUAAACAUAUCCCCACUCCUAAAAAGUUGUAAUAAAUAAUUCCCUAAUAAAAUGCUUAUAGAAGA